AUGGCGCCGAGCUUCGCUACUUGCACGGAAGUUGGGCCGGCGUGCCCUGUCGAGGCCACCACGUAUGGUUACUAUCCACAGCUGGGAUCCGGUAUCUUCUUGACCGCAUUCUUCGCAUUUCUGGCGCUCGUCCAGCUGGGACUCGGGGUCUUCACGCGCACCUGGUCCUUUUUGAUCGCUGUGUUCAUGGCCUGCGCCCUCGAGGCCGUCGGUUACGGUGGCCGUAUACUCAUGAACAAGAACCCUUGGUCUCAGGACGCCUUUCAGAUCCAGAUCGUCUGCCUUAUCCUGGCGCCGACUUUUCUGGCUGCCGGCGUCUACCUCACGAUCAAACACAUCGUCAUCUUCAUCGGGCCGGAGCACUCGCGUAUUAAGCCAAAGCUGUACACCUGGGUGUUUAUCGCAUGUGAUAUCGGCUCACUCAUCCUGCAGGCAGCCGGUGGUGGUGUUGCUGCGGCUGCGACCAAAAAAAAUGUGAAACUGUUGGAUGUUGGUAACGGCAUCAUCAUUGCCGGUAUUGCCUUCCAGGUGGCUACCAUGUCGGUUUGCGGCCUGCUUGCUCUAGAAUUUUUCAUCCGGGCACAUAGGAGCGGGCAGGGCUUCACCCCCAAGGGCUCGUCUCAUGGAGCUGCGGUGCGUCGGUCCUUUUGGAUCUUCUGUGCUGCAGACGCGUUUGCCUAUCUGGCCAUCCUAAUCCGCUGUAUAUAUCGUCUGCCCGAGAUGGCUGGUGGCUGGGGAAACCCUCUUAUGCGAAACGAGAAGGACUUCCUACUCCUCGACGGAAUGAUGAUCGCUUUGGCAGCCGCAACAUUCACCAUCGUCCAUCCUGGAUUCUGGUUCCCUCCCAUGCGAAAAGGAGCCAAAGCCAUACCGCACAGCGAGGGAACCAGUGUAAACGAUUCCACGGAGAAGUAA